AUGGAGGAGAGCUUCGUGCCCUUGCGGGGCAUCAAGGACGACCUCCACGGGAGGCUCGCCUGCUACAAGCAGGAUUGGACCGGAGGGUUCCGUGCCGGUAUCAGGAUCCUGGCGCCGACCACUUACAUAUUCUUCGCGUCUGCGAUACCGGUGAUAUCGUUCGGGGAGCAAUUGGAGAGAAACACUGAUGGAGUCCUCACAGCAGUGCAGACGUUGGCAUCCACUGCCGUGUGCGGCAUAAUCCACUCCAUUGUGGGAGGGCAGCCCCUGCUGAUCCUGGGAGUUGCUGAACCGACGGUGCUCAUGUACACAUUCAUGUUCAACUUUGCCAAGGACAGGCCCGACCUCGGACGGAAUCUGUUCCUGGCCUGGACCAGUUGGGUUUGUGUGUGGACUGCCAUCCUACUGUUCUUGCUGGCCAUACUAGGCGCAUGCUCCAUCAUCAACCGGUUCACACGCAUCGCUGGCGAGCUGUUUGGGCUUCUGAUUGCUAUGCUCUUCAUGCAGCAGGCUAUCAAGGGACUUGUUGACGAGUUCCGCAUUCCUGAGAGGGAAAACCGAAAGGCACUAGAGUUUGUUCCAUCAUGGCGGUUUGCCAAUGGAAUGUUUGCAAUUGUGUUGUCGUUUGGCCUUUUACUCACUGCCCUGAGGAGCAGGAAGGCACGGUCAUGGCGCUAUGGAACAGGUUGGCUGCGUGGCUUCAUCGCUGACUAUGGUGUUCCACUGAUGGUGCUAGUUUGGACUGGAGUGUCUUACAUACCUUAUGGAAAUGUACCAAAAGGAAUUCCACGACGCCUUUUCAGCCCUAAUCCAUGGUCCCCCGGUGCAUAUGACAAUUGGACAGUCAUCAAGGAUAUGACACAAGUUCCACUCCUCUAUAUCAUUGGUGCCUUCAUACCAGCAACGAUGAUUGCUGUUCUCUACUACUUUGAUCAUAGUGUUGCAUCUCAGCUUGCUCAGCAGAAAGAGUUCAAUUUGAGGAAACCUCCAUCCUUCCACUACGAUUUGCUUCUCUUAGGCUUCCUGACGUUAAUGUGUGGCCUUAUUGGUAUCCCUCCAUCAAAUGGUGUCAUUCCACAAUCACCCAUGCAUACAAAGAGUUUGGCUACUCUCAAGCACCAGCUGCUUCGUAACCGUCUAGUAGCCACUGCACAAAAGAGCAUGAGCCAGAAUGCGAGCUUGAGCCAACUGUAUGGCAGCAUGCAGGAUGCUUAUCAGCAGAUGCAGACACCACUAGUUUAUCAGCAACAGUCUGUCAGAAGAGGCUUAAAUGAGCUCAAGGACUCAACAGUCCAGCUAGCUUCGAGUAUGGGUAACAUUGAUGCACCAGUUGAUGAGUCAGUCUUUGACAUAGAGAAAGAAAUUGAUGAUCUGCUGCCCAUCGAGGUCAAGGAGCAGCGCUUGAGCAACUUGCUACAGGCUUCCAUGGUGGGGGGUUGUGUCGCUGCUAUGCCUCUACUUAAGAAAAUCCCUACAUCUGUCCUCUGGGGCUAUUUUGCCUUCAUGGCCAUUGAGAGCUUGCCUGGUAACCAGUUUUGGGAGAGGAUCAUGCUGGUCUUCACUGCUCCCAGCAGAAGAUACAAGGUGCUUGAAGAGUACCACACCACAUUCGUCGAGACAGUGCCAUUCAAGACGAUAGCCAUGUUCACAUUGUUCCAGACAGCGUACCUGUUGGUCUGCUUUGGAAUCACAUGGAUUCCAAUAGCUGGAGUUCUUUUCCCCCUCAUGAUCAUGCUCCUGAUUCCAGUCAGGCAGUACAUCCUCCCCAAGCUCUUCAAAGGUGCACAUCUAACUGACCUAGAUGCAGCUGAAUACGAGGAAUCACCAGCUAUACCAUUCAGCCUUGCUGCGCAAGACAUCGAUGUCGCAUUGGGACGCACCCAGAGUGCAGAAAUCCUAGACGACAUGGUCACGAGAAGCCGGGGUGAGAUCAAACGCCUCAACAGCCCGAAGAUCACCAGCUCAGGUGGCACACCUGUGGCAGAACUGAAAGGCAUCCGCAGCCCAUCCAUUUCUGAAAAAGCAUACAGCCCUCGUCUCACUGAGCUCCGGCAUGAGCGAAGCCCUUUGGGAGGGAGAAGCAGCCCUAGGACGCCAUCCAAGUUGGGUGAAGGCUCAACGCCAAAGUGA